GGUGCUUCGCGAGCGGGUCCAACUUUGACUCUCCCUUCGGGUCUUGCUUAUCCUAUACAUGUACCAGCUGGAGUGACGCUACAGACAGCAUCUGGGCACCUUUAUAAGGUAAAUGUGCCUGUUAUGGUUACACAGGCCCCAGGAGACGCAAGUAUCCUACAUCAUCCUGUUCAGCAGAUAUUUCAGCCCCUUGGGCAACCAUCAGUUCUGCAAGCCAACGUUGCCAGCGUUGCGCAGGUGAAUGCAUCUUCUGCCCAGGUAGCUGCUGAAACAUUGCAACGCCAGGAGACUGCUGUCCAACAGACCGUGGUAUUUCAACCAAAUGUCAUGGAAAAAAACCACCUGGAGAACUGUGCCAAUACUACAUUGGUCCAGCAGCCUUCAGUGAGUCAGCAGCAACUUGCCACUAAUGCAGUGUUGAAUCAGCAUGCAGACUCAACAGGAAAAUCCCAGCAGGGCAAUCUUCACACAGCUGUGUUUACUCCAGAAUCCUCUGAAAGGUUUUAGGCAAACAACUCGAGCAGUGUACUGCUUGAUGUGGAUGUGGAGGGGCAGUUAGACAUUGAGCCUCAGGAGUCAGUGCAACAGCAGGUGUCUGACGAUAUCAUUGACCUGAUUAUCAUGGGCAAAAGUCUGGAUGAUAACGCUGUUCUGAAAGAUCAGGACACCAUUGCUUCCUCUGACAAGGUGGAACCUACUGAGCAGAUGGAAUCUAAUUUACGAUCAGAGAAGGAUAUCUGCAGUGACAUUGCAGGCAUAAUUCAGCUAGAUGGUACUGGUGAUGUUUCUCCCAAGGAAGAAAUACAACAUACAAAAGAUAAGGAAGAGAAUGAAUUCAUUGGCGUUAUUGAACCAGAGGAUCUAAAAGUUCUGGAGGAUGAGGAAGACAAUGAUGAAGAAUGUGACAGUAUUUCAAACACAGAAUCUAGUAGCAGUGGUGAUGAUAAUGAAGAGCCUCAAAUAGAUAUUGUUGAGGAGGACCCCUUAAAUUCUGGUGAUGAUGUUAGUGAACAGGACACUCCAGACUUGUUUGACACCGACAAUGUGAUAGUUUGUCAGUAUGACAAGAUACAUCGAAGUAAGAACAAAUGGAAGUUCUACUUAAAAGAUGGAGUGAUGUCCUUUGAGGGUAAAGACCAUGUUUUUGCAAAAGCCAUUGGAGAUGCAGAGUGGUGA